GGGUGGUGGAGCGGGACAGAGAUAACAGCUGACAGUUGGAGAACAGGGUUCUGCUGGUUCCUGAUCACUUUCAGUCCGGAUCACUAUCACUUAUCGAUCCGCCUCCAAUCAGAGCUCCGCGCGGCGGGAGGACAGAUUCUUUAUGAAUCAACAACAACAACAGCGUCACCAUGCUGAAGACCCUCAAAGCGACACUUGGUCUUUGUUUGUUUGUUGUUCUGUGGGGAUCCGCGGUCCCGGCUGACGCUCCGCGCCCCGACGAGGACUCGUUCACCAUCCGUCACCUGUCCACCGGUUUGUGUCUGGGCUCGGGGCCGUCUGCAGACCUGCGUCUGCUCUCCUGCGCUGCAGACGGCUCUGCAGACGGCGCUGCAGACGGCUCCACGCUGUGGAAGUGGGCUUCAGCCCACCGGCUCUUCCACGUCCACACGGCGCUCUGCCUGGCGCUGGACGUGCGCACCAAGGCGCUGGCGCUGGUGGACUGCGGCGCCGGCAGCUUCCUGUGGUGGCGCUGCCUGGACGGCGCCGUCUACACCGUCUACCAGAUGGGCCUGGCGGUCAGCGAGGGGACGGUGACCACCAGACGGGACACCGGGGACCGCUGGGGGAGAGGAGACUCUCAGGACAACAUCUGCCAGAAGCUCUACCGCGUUGUCCACACCACCAACGGGAACGCUGCCGGCGCUCCCUGUGAGUUCCCCUUCAAGCACAACGGCAGCUGGCAUCACGGCUGCCUCCCAGAUGACGACUUCCCGGGACUGUCCUGGUGCUCCACCUCGUCUGACUUCGACCAAGACAGAAAGAAGGGACACUGUCUGACACCUGAGGAGGGUUGCCAGACUCUGUUUGCCGGCUCUGAAGGGGGAUCCUGCUACGAGUUUGUUUCCAGCGCGACGGUGACCUGGCAUGAAGCUCUGGACUCGUGUCGUAGUCAGGGAGCUGAUCUGCUGAGUGUGUCUGAGCCCGGAGACCUUCACUCCAAAACCUUGCUGGACGGCCUGGAGACGAUGCCGGAGAGGAUGUGGAUCGGCCUCCACCAGCUGGACACGUCAGCCGGCUGGCAGUGGGCCGACGGAGCCCCCUUCUCCACCCUGAGAUGGGAAACAGGAAUGCCGUCCACCUCCCCGCUGAUCGAGUCCGACUGUGGAGUCAUGAACUCCAAACAGAACUUUGAAUCUGAGUCGUGCAACAAGCGUCUGCCAUACAUCUGUAAGAAGAGAGUCAACGGCACUCAGGAUACUACAACAGAGUCUUUUGUGUAUUCAGAAACGGUGUGUUCAGAAGGUUGGGUCCCCUGGAACGGCUGGUGUUAUAAGCUGGUGAAGGACAGACCCGGGAACUUCACAGACGCCCUGAUGACCUGUAACAGCACCAAGGAGGGAGGAGGCUCUCUGGCCAGCCUCCACUCCAUCGACAGCAAAGAGAUGAUCAGCACCAGCUUCCAUGCAGACGGCAAGCCGCUGGACGUGUGGAUCGGUCUGGUGGGUGUCGGGGUGAAUCCCACCGUCUUCAAGUGGAUCGACGAGGAACCAGUCAGCUUCACCUACUGGGACCAGAACCAGCCAGUCCAGCCCACUCUGGACACCAGCUGUGUCUUCUACUCUGGACAGGCUCACGGCUGGCGGGUCGGCGACUGCACCCAGCGGCUGCCUUUCAUGUGUCAGAGGAAAGGGGAAGUGAGAGAGGCAGAGACUCAGGCCGGAUGUAGCUUUAAGGAUGGCUGGAGGAGACACGGCAACUCCUGUUACCAAGUUAACACCAACCAAGUGUCCUUUAAAGAUCGCUGUAACGUCACCAUCAGGAACAGGUUCGAGCAGGCAUUCAUCAGCCGUCUUCUUGGAGAGCAGAUCGGUAAGACCACUCAGUAUUUCUGGAUCGGGCUGCAGGACAUGAAGAACACGGGGGAGUACCAGUGGCUGAGCCAGGACGGCUCCCCAGGGCUGGUCACAUACACCAACUGGGGCUGGUUCGAACCAGAUCGUGAUGGCGGCUGUGCUGUGAUUUCCACUGCGAAGCCUCUGGGCAAGUGGGAGACCAAGAACUGCACCAUCUUUAAGGCCGGGACCAUCUGUAGGAAAGACCUCGGUCCCCCUCCGGCCCCAGAACCAGAGCUGGACCCCACCUCAAAGUGUCCUGAUGGAUGGGUCUCCAGAAACGCCAGCCCCAAAUACUGCUAUAAGGUGUUCCACGAGGAGCGGCUGAGCAGGAAGCGCUCCUGGAAGGAGGCGGAGCAGUUCUGCUCUGCUCUGGGCGCCGAGCUGCCCAGCUUCAGCAGCAGCGCGGAGAUGAGGGCGCUGCACAGCAUCAUGAGGGAAACCAUCAGUAAUAAUCGGUACUUCUGGGUCGGCCUGAACAGGAGAAACCCCGCGGAUCGCUCCUGGCAGUGGAGCAACGGGCAGCCUGUAUCUCUGGAUGUUUUACAGCAAGACUUCCAUGAGGAUGAUGCGUACAAUCGGGACUGCGCUGCAUUCAAGAGUUCCAGGAGCACGUUGAAGCACCUGUUUGUGUUUCUGCUGCACGACUUGCCUCCCGCGCCGUUCUACGCCACGCCGUUCCACUGUGACGCCCGGCUGGAGUGGGUCUGCCAGAUCCCCCGUGGAAAGAUACCAAAGGCCCCAGAGUGGUACAAUCCUGAUGGACACCAUGAGACGUCUGUCUUCUUGGACGGAGCAGAGUUCUGGUUUGUUCAGGAGCCUAAACUAACGUUUGAGGAGGCAAAGCUCUACUGCAGCACCAACGAGAGCCGACUGGCUGCUCCACUCAGCUCCACCGCCGCCGACAAGAUCUACCGCUACCUCAAAGACAUGUCCGGUUCGCCCCAGCAACACUGGUGGGUUGAUUUCAGAGAGCCGGGACGGAUCUUCCCCAUGACAUACACCCAGAUGUACUUCUAUCAUUCAGUCUUCCUGGGAAAAUGCACCUCCAUCAGUGCUCAGAACAUAUUCCCUGAGCAUGAGCGGAGCUGCCGGCAGCGGCUGCCCUUCGUCUGUGAGAAACACAACAGCACGUCGGUGGAGAGAAACCCUGCGGAGGCCCAGCCUGGAGGCCUGUCCUGUGGGAACUCUUCUCUGGCCUUCAGGAACAAGUGCUACACAUUAAUGACGAGCUUGAAGCCUGUUUCAUUCAACUAUGCCAACGAUGAAUGCCAGUCUGUGAGGGGAACCCUGGUCACUAUAGCGGAUCAGGUGGAGCAAGACUUCAUCACCACUCUUUUGCCGAGAAUGAGAAACAUGGAAAAGAUCUGGAUCGGUCUAAAAAUGUCUAAACGGGACGACCCAGAGUGGGCCGACAAGUCCCCAGUGAACUACAUCAACUUCAACCCGCUGCUGCUGGGCAUGCACCGCGCUAUCAAAGUCAACUCGUGGGAUCUAGACAGCAUGGAUCUGUGUGCGUUUAUGAUCAAUGACCCUGACUCUAACUCUGGCAUUAUGGGAACCUGGGACUAUUCUUCCUGCACACAGUUAAAGAAUCUGGCCAUUUGCCAGCAUUAUGCAGACGUGGUGGAGGGGCCCAACAUCCCCACCAAGCCCUUCAGCGUCAACAACCACACCAUCCUGCUGCUGGCCAGGAACCUGACCUGGUUCGAGGCCUUGGAGCAGUGCAGGAGUAACAACAUGGACCUGGCCAGCGUGGCCGACACCUUCCUGCAGUCCAGCCUCUCGGUGGCGGUGAGCCGGGCGGGCGCGCCCAUGUGGAUCGGCCUCUUCAGCGAAGACGAGGGGAUCCACUACCGCUGGACCGACCACAGCCACACCGUCUUCAGCCGCUGGUCCUCCGACGCCACCAGCGGCUCCUGCGUCUACCUGGACACCGACGGCUUCUGGAAGGCCACGGAGUGCGAGGAGGCGCUGGGAGGAGCCAUCUGCCACAAACCACACGAAGAAAUCAUCACCACACCAGAAGACGUUGCCGUGAAGUGUCCUCAUAAGAUUAAUGGUCCCAACUGGAUCCCGUUCAAGAACAACUGCUACUCCUUCCAGCUGGUUCCCAGCAGGUGGGACCAGUUCGACCAGGGACUGAUUCAGGAUACCUGCAAAAAACUUCAUGCUGACGCAGACAUCCUCACCAUCCGAAAUGAAGAAGAGAACGAGUUCAUCAAGCAGCAACUCGUACCGUUUCAAAACUUGGUGGAGUUUGUGUGGCUGGGGCUGUUCAAAGAUGAGAACGAUAACCAGAUGAAGUGGUAUGAUGGAACAAAGGUCCAGUAUUCUAAAUGGGCGCGAGGCCGGCCUGAUGUUAGCGGAGCGUUCCUGGCCGGUCUCAGCGUGGACAGCAGCUGGAUCCUCAUCUCCAACCCGAGCCUGUUCGCUGAGUUCAAACAAAGGAGCAUCGUGACCUGCAAACUGGACCACGAACUCAAACAAGAGUACAACAAGUCGUCCUUUGAUUUUGAACGUUACGGCAACUUAACGUACGAGGUCAUGGCGGGGAAGCUGAGCUGGCAGCAGGCCGUGGAGGCGUGUGGGCGGCGUGGAGGUCACCUGGCCAGCGUCCACGACGCCGCGCACGCUGCUCACCUGAAGCUCAUCGCCAAGACGGACGGCUUCUCGCUCUGGAUCGGCCUCUCAGACCAGGACGUUAGUGGUUCAGCCUUUGAGUGGUCUGAUGGAACCAGUUUUGACUACAGACCCACCAUCUCUGAGUCACCGGGGGCCUCCAGCUCAGGCAAACAGCAGGCCAGCUGUGUCUUUGUGACCCCUGAUGGAGCCUGGGUGAAAACCAACUGCAAAACCGUGUUGGAAGGAGCCGUCUGCUACACCACCUCCAUCACCACCCUAACCCAGAGAGCCAGGCUGCAGGUGGCCCCGGAGGCCAAUCACUGUCCUCAGAGCGGCGGAGCGUCCCUGUGGGUGCAGCAUCAGGACCACUGCUACGCCUUCAGCAUGAGCUUCUACAACCACAGCGUGUACAGCAUGGAGGAGGCCAGGAGCAUCUGCCAGAGCAUGGAUGCUGAACUGCUGAGCUUAAAAACCAAAGAGGAGAACGACUUUGUGUCCAAGUUCAUGUCUGCUGACCCGCUCAUCACCAGCCGCGUCUGGCUCGGCAUGGAGCUGGAUGCUCAAGGGAAGCCUCUCUCCUGGCAGGACGGCUCGGCUGUGGCGUACUCUAACUGGAAGUCCGAGGCCGCGGUCACUGGGAAGAAGCUGGAGCCCAGUUGUGCCGUCAUGAUGUCAGAGGAAGGAACCUGGAAACGAGUCAGCUGCAAGACGGCCAACAGUCGAGUCGUCUGCAAAACUGGAGCGAAGUCCGGAGGGUCCCCCGUGGCGUUGGGGCUCUUCAUCGUGGUGGUCAUCGCUCUUCUUCUCGCCGUGGCCUUCAUCAUCUACAAGAAGAAGAGAUCCUACUUCUCUUCCACCGUGCGCUACAAGAGGACCUUCGAUGAGUCCGACGCCACCAGUAUAAUAGCAGACGCUGACUGAUCGGCUUCAUUGAUCGGCUUCAUUGAUCGGCCUCAUUGAUCGGCCUCAUUGAUCGGCUUCAUUGAUCGGCCUCAGGGAGUAUUGAUGAUGUGCCUUGUGUGCAUUUUAGUACUUUUCAGCAAGAGCAGAUGCAGCUUUCACCUUUUUUAAAUUAUUUAUUUAUCCUGCUCAAGCCUGCAAAACCUUCCAGAAUGAUGUGUGAAACUGUAAAUAUCAUUGGAGAAUUGUGGAUAUCUGCCAAGUCAGUUAGUUAAUCUGGGAUAUUUUAGAUUGUUUAUGAGGAGCCCUGUGUUCUACCUAAUGUAAAUACUGGGGCUGAUCUCCUCUGGUACGUGUUCACGCUCUGCUUUCUGUUUCUUUCUUUUUUAGAUUUUGAGUUUCAGAACUAUAUUCAGCCUUAUGAUGGGUUAAACUGCACUGAUGUAUGAGUGACUCCAAACUAUCAAAAACACAACGUCCAUUUAUUGUCUUAUAAUGUGUAAAUACUAUUACUCAAACUAUUCCACUUUUAUUUCAAACUUCAGAACAUUUGAUUUCCACGUGGCUCCAAUUAAUCAAUACAUUAAUAGACUUUUAAAAAGGCCAGCUCACCUGAAAAUACAAAAAGUAUUACAUAAAUACAUCUAGAUAGUUUCUCCUUCAGAUACUCAAAUACUGCCAACAAUGAAUAGUUGUAUUGCUACAUUUCUACCAAAGUAAAACUUUACAACAUUUCAGCCAUCUGGGUUGAGAUCGCAUUGGUCAGAAUAAAUUUGUAUUUUAAGUUGGACUGUGCCUUUAAAUAAUCUUAAAUUGAUUAAAAUGUCACUGACUGUGCCUUUUAACAUACUUUAGAAGAAAUGGGGGUAUUUUAGCCACUUGGUUGGGUUAUUUUCAGUGUAUUUACUGGUUCUGUUGACUUAUUAAUACUAACAAUAUGCUGUGGUUGUCAAGUCAUUAGUGACGAAUGACAAAUCUCAAACUUACGUCCUGCUGAUGCGUUUUAAGUGUAGGACGCUGUCUUAGCUUCCAACAGAUUCAGACAUGUGUGUUUCUGUAGAUCUGACUCUUCUAUGCACUUAACUACUGAGCAAGAACGCACUUUAAUACGUCGUUAAUACGUCCAGUUCCUGUUGAAGCACAACGAGGUGUGGAGAGCUGGUAGAGACGUUCCUUUGCACUGGCGUUUGCUGUGAAUGCUUGUAAAUAUGUUUUAUAAUGAGAAUGAACCAAAGAUGCUCUGAGUCAUUGAAUGUCUAAAGCGUUCCUUCACCUCGGGGACGGCUUGUUACCGUUCAUAUCAACUUCUACACCAAAUGUUAGUGGGUGGUUUGUUUAGUUUUUAACUUUCCCUUAAACACUUCAAAGGUCUUUCAGCUGGAAUCAGGUACUGCAUCCUUCCAAUAAAAGUUUCUGUCUUCAGACUUUCUUCUCUUUGCUGCUGUUGUUCCUCUGUUUUUAACCCUCGGGGCACUUUUCACUCAUUUGUUCAUAGUUUUAGUUGUGUUCAUGCAGCAUGAAUUGUGGCAAGAUUGUGUUUUUAUUUGAUCUUAUUUCCAGCUCAGCGUUAAUACACACACAUAUAUAUAUAUAUACAGUAUACACUGUGUAUACACAAACAAUAGUUACACUCUGAAGGUUGAGAAUGUAAAAUGCGACAUUGAAACCCAUUAAAAAUGCAAUUUUUGAUCUCACUUCUGUUAAAGCAUAAUUCAUGCAUUUUAUUAAAUCUUGGUGUCACUCUGG